UAAGAGUAGUAAUUCUUAACUGUUGACUGUUUGUUGUUACUGAGUGUGUUUAGUGCCUUCUGCUGGAAAAUAUCGAAAACGCACGGCGUUCAGAUCCGUAGUUGUUUUAAAACCAUAUCGCUCUUCCUGCCGUCCCGUAUACAUGUAAAACGGAAUUUCUAACGUUGUGCCGCAGUUAUGAACGACAUGAAGGAAUUGGUCGUCGUAGACGACAUUGACCCGAGAACGCGGUCGUUGAACGCCUCUAGCCCGGUCCAACAGUUUGGACCAUGCGGUUGUAUCAUGAAAACAUCUGCAUUAAUCACAAAAAUUCAAGAUCCAGCCAGGCAACGCUUGACAUGGUACAAAAGUCCUUUGUCUGUAUUGGUGAUAAAAAAAGUUAGAAACAUAUCUGUUUUACCAUCAUUCAUAGAACUCGUCAGAUGGCUAAUACAAGAAAAAAAUAUGAUAGUAUUUGUGGAACAUUCUGUGAUGGAAGAUACAAUACUCUCUAGUAACUCGGAUUUCAUGGAAAUACGAGAGAAAUUAAACUCUUUUCAAGAUAGUAAAGAUGAUCUAACAGACAAAAUAGAUUUCAUUAUUUGUUUAGGUGGUGACGGUACUCUGCUCCACGCUAGUCUUUUGUUUCAACAAUCUGUACCACCAAUUAUGGCGUUCCACUUGGGUUCCUUGGGUUUUUUAACGCCUUUUAAGUUUGAAAAUUUCCAACAGCAAGUGACUAAUGUACUUGAAGGACAUGCUGCUUUAAUGUUACGCAGUAGACUUAAGUGUAUAAUAGUUAGGAAAAAUGAAGAUAAAGAAAAGCCUCAGCGAAAUUUACUGGUACUUAAUGAAGUAGUUAUUGGCCGCGGACCAUCACCAUACCUUUUGAACAUUGACUUAUUUUUAGAUGGAAAAUACAUAACAUCUGUCCAAGGAGAUGGUUUAAUUGUCUCAACACCAACUGGAAGUACAGCAUAUGCAGUUGCUGUGGGUGCAUCAAUGAUUCACCCGAGUGUUCCAGCCAUCAUGGUGACUCCUAUAUGCCCUCAUUCUUUGUCUUUCAGGCCAAUAGUAGUACCUGCCGGUGUUGAGUUAAAAAUUAUGUUGAGUCCGGAUGCAAGAUCAACAGCUUGGGUUUCAUUUGACGGCAGAAAUCAACAGGAGUUGUGUGCAGAUGAUAGCUUACGAGUAACUACAUCUAUAUUUUCGUUACCAUCAAUAUGUGCUCAAGACCAAAUAUCUGAUUGGUUUAAUUCUUUGGCUGAAUGUCUACAUUGGAAUGUGCAAAAAUGACAAAAGCAUUUUGAGUAAUUGUCUGACUUGGCGCAUUCCAAUUAUGAAGAUUCACUAAAUUCAACGUCAAAAGACACUUUAUUAGUUACGGGGUAUAUCUGUAGUUUAAUGUUAACCAACAGAUAACCUUAUCUUCAAGUCGGUGAGCCCCUUUAAUACUGUCGGUGCUUACAAAUGGAUUUUAAAUUUGUGAAAAAUAAAUUUUUUAU